AUGUUCCUGCACGAGAUCAAUCGCGCCUUCGAGAUGGUCGAUCCGUUAGCGUUUCAGUCUCGGUACAUGGCGUGGUGGAUUACCCAGGAGAAGAAGGAGGUUCAGGGAGACAUGAAGGUUUCGGAUGAGGAUUUGGAUUUCGGAUUGCUCAUGAUUCGAGUUUCGUUGCUCAGUAUUCAGUGUCUACCCCACGCCCGGUAUCCCACCGCUGGGGUCUUUAGCGCACCGAUCGCCACCAUCGAGCAGUGGCUCUGUUCCACUGCUGACGAGAUUGAGAAGACGACCAGCUCGAAGAAGCCGACUCUCACGACCGUCCAGCAUCGUUUCUACCAUGUCUUGUAUUUAAAGAACUACGCCCGCGUCCGCGAAUGCUGGGCCACACUCAGUGCGACCGUGAAGGAUGCCCAUGAGAUUGGAUUACAUCUGAAAGACCCCGGGUUCCCGCUCACGGACUUGGAGAAGGAGUUUCGCCGACGAGCAUUCUGGAACCUCUAUGUGUGGGAUCGGUUUCAUUCGGCGUUCUUUGGUCACUGGCCUCUGAUUCCCGAGGGCUACUUCGAUAUUGAGCUCCCCAUCGACAACAUGCAACCCCUCCAAGUCACUCCCUACAUGCUCACCCCAUUCACCGACCGCAUAUUUCACAUCAAAUUAGCCCGCUUCUUGACUGCCUUCAUGAGUCCUCCGUCUUGGAAGCAGGACCAAGUGACUCCCACCAUCAUCGAAGAUUUCGCCGAGCGUUUCAAGCAACUACCCCCGCCCUUCUGGCUGGACAAUCCCGACACCUCCUGGGAUGCAGUGGAACCGACCUUCCCUUCGAAGCGGGAAAUGCUGCAUAUGUUCCUCCUCGGCACGCAAGCGUCGCUGUACCGAGCCUUCUCCGACCCCUGUGAUAGCUUACAUCAAAACAAACAUGCUCAUCACAAUUACCGCACCGACAUGCUUGCCCUCCGCCACCGCCGCAAACUCAUGGAGAUCAACUGCAAGAUCAUCCCCUCCAUAGCUCGACUCUACAUGCUCAGUGGGGACGAGGAUGGCGGCAUGCCUGAGCGACUCUUCCUUUUCCCCACAUCUCUCGUGGAAGCGUUAGCCGCCUUGGGCGUCUGUCUCCUUUCGGUGCAAGCCGAUGAGCGGAAUCUGCUGCUGGAUGGCAUUCGAAUUGAGCCCGACGAGGAGUUGCGCCACAGCUACGCCAUCUUCUUUGACGGAUUCAAUCUACUUUGCCGCCAGGGCCAGAAGCACAGCAUUGCGAAGCGGGGCGUGAAGAUUCUUGAAAGUCUCCACGGGACGCUGCGGGCGUCGCUGCGGAGCCCCGAUCUACUGAACACGGAGAAUGGGGGCGCGAUCCCGGAGAUCAAUGGUGCCAGCCACCCUUCCUACGCUGGUGGAUACCAACUGGAGCAUGCGUUGGUGUCGUUCCAUCGCCAGCGUGGAGAACGGGCCCAGCUGGCACCCUCCGUGACUCUCCCUGAAUGGCUGCCAUCCUUUAUGGAAUCGCCCGGCCGAUCCUGGCUGUUCCAUGAUAUGUCUGCCUAUGGGGACCUCCUGGCGUAA